UACCACUCAUCCAUCGCCGUCAUCAAAAAAGAGAUCCAUCACGCAGCCUUGCUCGCUGCCUCGUGAACAGUUAACGCAUAUUCGCAUUUGCUAAUACAUCCACCGACGGCGUACAUUCUCGCAUAUACUGGAAACCAAAGGAGACGUUCGGACAUAUUGACGCAUUUUGAGCAAAGCCUCGAAUCGAAGAUGACCGAUUCUCUUCAUCUUACGCACUUAGCUAGGUAGCACCGUCACCACCAUCUAUUUGCAAGAUGGGUAAUAGCUACUCCCUUACCACGCCGUACGCCGGCUCUGCUGGCAUCGACAUCCCAGAACUCGCCGACCUAGUCCACGAAAGAUCGAUUGGUAGUGCUCGCUUUAUGAAGAGUAUCCGCGCCCGCCAUCACGAUGGUGUAGUUUUAGCAAAGGUCACUGUGAAACCGUAUACCCCGCUAUCUUUACGUGACUACGGCGAGAAGAUACUGCAGGAGAGGGACAAAUUAAGAGACGUACCUAAUGCUCUAGGCUUCGAACGUGCCUUCGAGACGGACGGAAAUGCAUACCUCGUGCGACAAUAUAUAUACAGUUCCCUGUACGACCGCAUGUCAACACGACCUUUCCUCGAAGAUAUAGAGAAGAAAUGGCUAGCAUUCCAGCUACUAUGCGCACUGCGAGAUUGUCAUGCUCGGGACAUAUAUCAUGGCGAUAUCAAGACAGAGAAUAUCAUGGUGACAUCUUGGAACUGGCUCUACCUCACCGACUUUACCGGCUCGUUCAAACCCACGAAGCUCCCCGAUGAUAACCCCAUGUUUUACUCCUAUUUUUUCGAUCUUUCGGGCCGACGUACAUGUUAUAUUGCACCAGAGAGAUUCAUCGAACAUAUUGAGAACCCACAAACCCAGCUUCAAGGACACAAACUCACAUGGUCAAUGGAUAUAUUCAGCGCUGGUUGCGUUAUCGCCGAAUUGUUCCUAGAAACGCCCAUCUUCAACCUCAGUCAAAUGUUCAAAUAUCGCCGAGGCGAAUAUGACCCAGUGAUUUCACAUCUCAGUAGGAUACCAGAUCAAGGCUUAAGGGAGAUGCUGUCAAGCAUGAUUCAUCUAGACCCGGAGAAGCGAUACUCCGCAGAACAGUACUUAGAUUUCUACAAAGGAAAAGUCUUCCCCGAGUAUUUCUACAAUUUCCUCCAUCAGUAUAUGGAACUCAUAACCGAUUCUAGCUCUGGCAGAACUCCGAUCUCGGGGUCCAUGAAAAAUCUAGGAGAGGCUGAUGAGCGGAUAGAUCGAAUUUUCUACGACUUUGAUAAGAUCUCGUACUUUUUGGGCUAUCACGAUGACAAGGAGCCUUCUCAACUUAUUCAUUUCACCCCUCGACUCGGCCUAGGCCUUUUCCCUGUACGACUAAAUAUACCCAAUAAUGAACAUUUUACUUCUGCGAAAAAGCAACCCCCUACUGAUGAUGGGACGUUAAUCUUCCUCACGCUUGUUGCCGCCUCACUAAGAAAUACUGCUCGAGCAGCAUCAAAGAUUAGAGCAUGCGAUAUACUAUUAGCUUUCUCGGAGAGAUUAUCAGACGAGGCAAAACUCGACCGAGUUCUACCUUACCUAAUGACCCUACUGAACGAUGACGUUAAUCUUGUUGCUAUCGCAGCUCUCAGAUCCGUCACUCAGCUCUUAGCUCUUGUAUCGGUUGUUACCCCUGUUAACGCCCACGUGUUUCCCGAAUACAUCAUGCCUAGAAUGCAGGUUUUUCUCUCGGGCGCUUCAAGGCAACCCAUCAUGGGAAAAGAGCGCAGAGAGCCAAGCGCAUUAGUCCGAGCCACAUAUGCAUCAUGCCUGGGGAGUCUUGCCACAACUGCCUCGAAGUUCCUGGAGUUGACGGCGAUCCUAAGAGCAGAAGGAUCCAUCAGUACAGCUGAUCCAGAAGUGGAAGCCGGAAGUGACCCGAAUGCUACAUUUGACGGAUUAUUCGACAACGCGCAAAACGAACUCGUCGAACUAUUCGAAACGCAUGCCAAGGCUCUAGUAGAAGACUCCGAUGCUUCUGUCCGAAGGGCAUUUCUCACCUCUGUUCCAGAACUCUGCAUGUUCUUCGGCAGUGCAGAAUCUAAUGAUAUCAUUCUCACACACUUGAACACAUAUCUCAACGAUCGGGAUUGGAUGUUGAAAUGCGCUUUCUUCGAUACGAUUGUCGGUAUAUCUGCCUUCUUAGGUAGUACAAGCCUGGAGGAGUUUAGUCUGCCCUUGAUGGUGCAGGCUGUAACCGACCCAGAGGAGCACGUCGUACAAGCUGCAUUACAUUCCUUGGCGGAAUUAGCCAACUUGGGUUUGUUAUCAAAGGUGAAGACCUGGGAGUUAAUUGAUGUUGUUGGUCGGUUCACUAUGCACCCAAACCUUUGGAUCCGCGAAUCGGCCGCGGAGUAUAUAUCUAGUGCCACCAAACUACUAUCUCCCGCAGAUAUUAGGUGUAUCGUCCUACCUCUUGUCAAGCCAUUCCUAAAGCCUGCGAUUAUCCCCAAUUUUUCAGAGUUGGAUUUACUAGAUGCUUUGAAGAAACCAUUAUCGAGAACCAUCUUCGACUUAGCACUUUCUUGGGCACAGAAGACGGAUAGAGGCCUAUUCUGGAAAGCCGUUCGACAACAAAAGCAAUCAACUUUUACAAUCGCAUCUACGGCAUUAGCCAUACGUUCAUUUCGGGAGUUGCAACCUCAAACGCUGAAUAAGGUACAGCGAAACGACGAGGAUGAACAAUGGCUCGGCCGACUUCGAAACAUGGGUAUGUCGACUGAAGAUGAAUCUAAGUUGCUUGCUCUACGAGAAUUUAUAUGGCGCUUAAGUCAAAUGAGAAAUCGCGACCUGAUUACGCAGGAUAACAUUGCUACGUCCUUGAAUAGUAUAAUUCCGUUGAGGAGCUUAAACGUCAAAUUGCAAACAAUUAUGUUUGAUGAGACCUCCGCAGAAGAAGAGCCGGUAUGGCAACAGCAGAUCUCAGAUCCAGAUAAGGGACCGUAUACUAUCGCCGAUGCCCUGCUAGAUGCGUCCAUGACAAUUGACGAACCCGUUGGAAGGAGGCGUCGUGCAGCGAUAAAUAAUCACCGUUCGCGUCUGGGUAGCCGGGGAGGCGCAAUUUCACCGAGGACGAGAGAUAAUCGGGCGUUAUCGCCGAUGCAGACCCAGGCCUCAUCACCAGUUGAUGGUGCAGGUUUUGAUGAAUCACGCCGAGCUUCAUCUACUACACGCGGACGAACUUCCCAAGAUGAUGACGCAUCCGUGUCAGAUGCUCCGUACUCCGCGAGACGGGCUAUUAGGCACCAAUCAAGUGCGCUAGAUCUUCUGAAGAGGAAAGACAGCGGGAGAUCUGUUGCAGAAACAGGAACGACUGAGGCCAACGCAUUUGGACAAGUUGAGGGACCAUUCGCACAGAAUCCGCCGCCCCAAAUAACAAUUCCCGAUACCGUUACAGAGGGCGGAAAGACGGGAAUCCGGACACGAGCUGCGCAUACCUAUGAGGGUAACGACCCUAGCAUACUAAAGAUGCUCGACAAUAUGUAUGUCGACAAUUACCCUCAUGACAUAGCCCAAUUUGGACCGCUGGUUGCACCAAUAAUGAGAAGGAAAUCUAGCAAAACGAGCGGACAGUCGACCGAUGAAGCAUGGAAACCAAAUGGUAGUCUUGUUGCUACCUUCUCGGAGCAUACCGGAGCAAUUAACCGCGUUCUACCGUCUCCCGACCAUUUGUUUUUCAUAACAGGUAGUGACGACGGCAGUGUGAAGGUUUGGGACUCAUCACGACUUGAACGUAAUGUUACACAUCGUUCACGUCAAACUCAUAAGCACGCACAAGGCGCGAAGGUUGUUGCGCUAUGUUUUAUUGAGAAUACCCAUACCUUCAUCAGUUGUGCUACCGACGGCAUGGUCCACGUUGUCAAGGUUGAUACUGCAGUUACAGGCGGAGCGACUAAGUAUAUCCGGCUGAGACCACUACGCGAGUAUCAAUUACCUGCCGGCGAGUAUGCUAUCUGGUGCGAGCAUUUUAAGCAGGAAUUGAAUUCCGUGCUCGUGCUUGCCACCAACCGAUCCCGAGUCCUGGGCAUUGACCUUCGUACGAUGACCCUUCUCUAUGUUCUUGAAAACCCAGUACACCAUGGCACGCCAACAUGCUUCUGCAUUGAUCGAAGGCGGAACUGGUUACUUUUGGGCACGUCUCACGGUGUCUUGGACUUGUGGGACUUACGAUUCAAGAUGCGGCUUAAGGGCUGGGGCUUACCUGGCAAAUCGGCGAUCUACCGUCUCAGCCUUCAUCCAGUAAAAGGUCGCGGAAAGUGGGUAUGCGUGGCGGGCGGUACCGGCCUCGGUGAAGUCACAGUUUGGGAUCUCGAGAAGACGCAAUGCAGAGAAAUCUACCGAGCAGGUGGGGCAAAAGAGGGGCCAAAAGAGUACAAAUCGUGGGAUGUGGAUGAAGACAAACCCGAAGGGAUGCUUGGCCACUUCGCGACGAACAUUGAGCCUACGGCUAGUGGCAACGGGGAUCGUGGCGUCCGAGCGAUGGUUGUCGGCUCAGGCAUUAUGGAAGAACAACGUGAAAUACGAUUCGGAUAUAUCCUGACCGGGGGUUCAGAUAAGAAACUGCGCUUCUGGGACUUAAUGCGGAUCGAAAAUUCAUGUGUGUUCAGCGGUCUUCUGGGCGAAGAUGCGAAGCCAUCGUUUGGAACGGUUCCCACGCCGAAUCAACCCGGGUUGACUCUUAAUGUCGAGAGAGUGUCCAAGGGAGGUGAUACCGAUCGGAAAGGUGGAAAGAGCAGUAAGUCAACGAGUUCAAGGGAGAAGCCUCCUAGGCAUACGGUCAUCUCCGCGGAGCAGGGACAGCUGCUCAGAAGCCACCUCGAUUUAAUCCUCGACGUCGCAGUGCUGGAGAUGCCAUAUACGAUGACGGUUAGCGUCGAUAGGUCAGGUGUCAUUUUUGUCUUUCAGUAGUUAUGAUAGAGUCGCGGAUGCUUGAGUUGGCGUUGAUCGGUAAAGGUAUUUGACUUUGAGACUACAUAGGAUACCACCAUGGCUAUAUCAGGGCGUUGUUAAGAGGACUGUCAAGAUGUGUAUAGUUCUGCUAUUUGCAGUAUAGUCUAUACUCUGAAGUUGAUAUUAAAUAGAUAAUGACGUCGUGUCGUACCAAUUAUUUACAGUGAGUUUAAGGUUAUAUUUUAGCUGCAUGUGGUGUCUGUAUUAUAGGGCGGGAGGCGUCGCGAGCACCCACUGAAUAGUGGAAGAAAUGCGGGGAAAGUGGGGAAAUGGGUAUGACGUUGAUUUUUGCAUACUUAAUACGAC